UUCUCAAAGCUCUCAAAAGCCCCAAACUCAAAAGGACUUCUAUUUCCCUUUAUCAGAUAUUUAUUAACAAUUUUUGUAUUCAUUUUUUUUCCUAAAGCUAGAAGGUUUGGUGCCACAGAUCCAUAUUGAUUGAAAAGGAUUUAUCAGCAUGUAUUGCCAGAAAUGGAUUUCUUUUGCUUUGGCCCUCGUUCACGUGGGGCCAUGUCUUCCCUGCAUGCACAAUUGUAAUACUAAGAACAUGGAACAAGGUUUGAUGAGAUCUCAGAAUGUGAAACAUAGCCAUGUUCGGAGCUUGCUGGUUGCACAGGAAGAAAUGAUGUCAACACUUCCUUUGAAAUCGGGCCAGCUGAAGUCUGACUUAGACAAGCAAGAUAAUUCUCUGAAUGGUCCACAAUUCUUGAAUGGGCCUUAUGAAGCUACAGUUCCUGAAAUGUCUCCAGAAGGUACCUCAGUCAUUCAGGUGACGGCAACAUACCCAACAGGUGUUCGUCUGAUUUACAGUAUUCUUCCAGAACAGCCCUAUUUUUCUGUGGAACCAACUUCAGGUGUGGUUAGAACGGCCUAUCCAGGCGACAGAGAAACCCAAGAUAAGUAUUUUGUUGUUAUCAAAGCUACAGUUGAACAAAUUGGUGGACCUUCAGGUACAACAACAGUGACUAUUAAUCUGUCUGAUGUUAAUGACAAUCCUCCUCGUUUUCAGCAUAAGCGCUAUGAAAUGAAUGUAUCAGAGGCAGCUCCUGUGGGCACCAUCCUUGGCAAAAUCAUGGCAAAUGACAGUGACAUAGGAGACAAUGCAGCUAUGGAUUAUAUAAUAGAAGAAGAUAACCCUCAUAUCAUUUGUAUCAUUACUAAUAAUGACACCCAGGAAGGAAUUGUCAUAUUAAACAAGACAGUUGAUUAUGAAAGCCAAAGGGCAUACAAAAUAAAUGUGAAAGGCAUUAACCGGCAUGUUGAAAAGCGCUUCCUUGAAAACGACGCUAAGUUUGAAGAUGAAACUAUUCUCAGGAUCAUAGUGAAGGAUGCUGAUGAACCUCCAGUUUUUGUAUUAGAGGAAUUCUUCAUGGAGGUUGCUGAAGACAACUUGAAUGGCUCAUUUGUGGGAUCUGUGAGUGCCAGAGAUCCAGAUGAUAUUGAUAGUCCAAUCAGAUAUUCUAUUGCCCAUCGCAAGUAUUUAAAGACGUUUUUCAGUAUUAAUGCCCACAAUGGAACAAUUAGUAUAACUGGACCUCUGGACCGAGAGAAACAGAUUUGGCACAAUCUAACUGUUACUGCCAUAGAAUCAACAAACCCAAAACAAAUGUCAGAAGUAAAUGUUUAUAUUAAAGUUCUUGAUGCAAAUGAAUAUGCACCAGAAUUUGCAGAAUACUAUGAGACGUAUGUGUGUGAGAAUUCAAGAGCUGGACAGCUCAUCCAAACAAUCAGUGCAGUAGAUAAAGAUGAUGCUAUGGAAAACCAUAAUUUUUCAUUCUAUUUGAUGGAAGAGAGCAAAAACGGUUCCAGUUUUGAACUUGAAGAUAAUGAAAAUAACACUGCCAGGAUCCUUACUACAAGAAGUCGAUUCCAUCAUUCUGAACAAUUUCUUUAUCCCUUGCCCAUACUAAUUGUGGACAAUGGAAUCCCUGCUCUCACUGGAACCAGCACUUUAACGGUCACUGUGUGUGAUUGUAAUGAAGAAGUUAGCCUUUUGUCCUGUAGAUAUGGAUCAUUCCUGAUUUCAAUGGGGAUUAGCAUACAAGCUUUAGUUGCUAUUGUGGCUUGCCUACUCAUAAUAUUAGUAUUUGUUUUAGCAGUUGUGGCUUUGAAGCACCAAACAAAGCCAGCAGCAUUUCACGAGAAAGGAGAAAUAUUCAGAGAGAAUAUUUUCAAGUAUGAUGAUGAAGGAGGCGGAGAACAGGACACUGAGGCUUUUGAUAUUUCUGCACUGAGACCACAAACUGUUCUGCGACAACACAAGCCACGAAGAAAUAUUACAACAGAAAUCCAGAGCCUUUACAGGCAAUCUCUCCAAGUUGGUCCUGAAAGUGCAAUAUUCCGGGAAUUCAUUCAUCAAAAGCUAGAAGAAGCUAAUUGUGAUCCAGAUGUUCCUCCUUAUGAUUCUCUCCAGAUUUUUGCUUUUGAAGGAACUGGUUCAUUGGCUGGAUCCCUUAGUUCAUUGGAAUCAAACUCAGUGGGAUCACUUAUGGAUGACCAUUUUGAUUACAUUGUUGAACUAAGACCUCAAGUCAAAAGUUCAGGAAGCAUGAAUAACCACACUUCAGCAGAAUGGUGAAGUGUUAAGAAGUGCUAAUAUCAAAAGAGUGGGAAAGAAUUGGAAGGGUGAUUAGGAUAAUCUGAAGACAGAUUAAUUGAUGGCUCUGCCAAGCACUGUUAAACUCAGCACAAAUCUUAUUGCUGACACAUCCUUUUCUAAUACACACUAUCACAACUGGAAAAAAUAUGUCAACACAUGGGAAUAAGAGAUCAGCCACACACAUUCUUAAAAAGAAGAUUCUGAAAUAAAUAACAAAUUGCGC